CGGCGUGCUUGUUUAGUCUCAGCUUGGAGCCCGCAGCGACGAGAUGGCUUCUACGGAACGGAAUUUUCUACUGCUUGCGCUGGUGGUCAGCGCAUUCUCCGGAAUAAUCCAACGAGCAGACGCGGCACAGAUCAGCUUCGGCACCUGCACGCCCCAGCAGAGCGACGAGCGGGGCCAGUGCGUCCACAUCGCCAGCUGCCCCUACCUGGCCAACCUGCUGAAGGUGGAGCCGAAGACGACCGCCCAGCGCCAGCUACUCUCCAGGAGCCAGUGCGGCCUGGACAACCGGGUGGAGGGUCUGGUCAACCGCAUCUUGGUCUGCUGUCCGCAGAGCAAGCGGGACGUCAACGAGGAGACGCCGGAAGUGGCGCUCGAGGAGGGCCAGCAGCCCGGAAAUGUGCUGCCCGGAAGUGACGUCUGCGGAUUCCUCUUCGCUGAUCGCAUUUUCGGUGGCACCAACACCAGCCUCUGGGAGUUCCCCUGGAUGGUUUUGCUGCAGUACAAAAAACCAGUAUUUUCCGAAACCUAUUCCUUUAAUUGCGGCGGCGCUCUGCUCAACUCCCGCUACGUCCUGACCGCCGGACACUGUCUGUCCAGCCGGGAGUUGGACAAGUCCGGCGUGGCCCUGCACAGCGUUCGCCUGGGCGAGUGGGACACCCGCACCGAUCCCGACUGUGCCGUCCAGCCGAACAAGAAACGGAUCUGCGCCCCCAACAGCAUCGACAUCGAGGUGGAGAAGUCAAUCAUCCACGAGCAAUUCUCACCGAAUUCCGUGGACCAGAAGAACGAUAUUGCACUGCUGCGUCUCAAGCGGAGUGUGAGCUACACCGACUAUGUGCGACCCAUUUGCCUGCCCACCGACGACCUGGUGCGUAACAACUUCGUCGACUAUGGCAUGGAUGUGGCCGGCUGGGGACUCACCGAGAACAUGCAGCCCAGUCCGGUCAAGCUGAAGAUCUCCGUCAAUGUGUGGAAUCUGACGACUUGCCAGAGCAAGUACACCACGUUCAAGGUGAAUCUGGACGACACCCAGAUGUGUGCCGGCGGCCAGUUGGGUAUGGACACCUGCGGCGGCGACUCCGGCGGACCCCUGAUGGUGGGCAUCAAUUCCGGCGGGCGGGAGGUCUUCUACAUCGCCGGUAUCACCUCGUACGGCACCAAACCGUGCGGCCUAAAGGGCUGGCCCGGCGUUUACACCCGCACUGGGCCCUUCAUCGAUUGGAUACGACACAAAUUGGAGGCAUAAUAAAUAAAAUUGCUAAUUUA